GGUGGGAUUUGAUUGGUAGUCACUGUUAUAAUUUCGUUAACGUCUCGUUGGAUUUUGAAGAUGCCAGGGACACAUGUCACAAGUAUGGGGCAACACUUCUGAUUGUCAGAGAUGAAGUGGAGGCACAUAACGUUUCGUCUGUAGCUCGCAACCGAUUUGUUUCUAACCACUACUGGAUAUUCAAUGGCAAAAGUAAGCAACUCACAUUCUGCAGCGGUAUGUGGCAACCAAAUGAGCCCAGAGCUACAACAGAUGAUGUUGCUGUUGCAAGCAAUACCCGCGGUAGAUGGGCGUUGAUGUGGGUACGGACGAACCUCCCCUUUGUGUGCAGGGCACCUGCUUGUCCCGUUGACUCUUUUCGCUGCAGUGAUGGGAUGUGCUUAAACAGAAAAUGGACUUGUGAUGGUGACUUUGAUUGUAAGGACCAGUCUGAUGAAAAUAACUGCACAGAUAAUGUCAGAUACUACAAAAGUAGUUCAGGAACCUUUGAUACUACCAAUCUUCCUCUCAGUGAUUACUACCAGUUUACUAUGGAAGGACAGCCUGGUGAAAUCUUGAGAAUAGAGUUUGAGGCACCACUGAAGAUUGCUGACAGUGCAGACAGUGUCAAAGUGUACUCUGGUGGGCCUUCAGUAUUAACAAGUGACCUAAUCAGAGACAUCCGGACAAGCCAGUUUGAAAAAGUCAUUGUGUUUGGCAAGAAUCACUUUCUUAUCAUCAUAUUACAGUUGGGCUCAGCUGGUGUCAAACCUUCGGUGAAAGCUAGUUGGAAAUCUGAUUCUGAAGUAUCAAGGAACCGAACUGAAACAUUCAAUGUUACAAACACAUCGCUGAUGAUUUCUUCUCCAUAUUUUAAUUCAUCUUUAAUGCCUGGAAGUUUUAAAAUGGAAUGGCUGUUAACAGCUCCUGCAGGACAACUCAUUGUAUUAGAGAUUUUAAACAAUACUUUUGAAAUGGAUGCCCGUUCAGAAGUUUAUAUUGUAACAAAUGUUGGAUUCAUGCUGAAGCAACUGAACUCCAACAAAGCUGUGUUCAUUUCCAGUACUAGUAAUGUGACUGUAAUCAUCAAGACGGACUCAGGAAAGCAGUUUUUUAGUGCUCAUGUCAGGACAG